UUCGCUCAUUCUUUCUCUUUCCAUAAUAAUUAACUAAGGCCUUCCCUUCCAUUUCUUUUUAUCUUUUUGAGUGGUGGUGGUGGUGAAGGCGUAAAGAAUCGAAUGGCUAAAACCGGUGUAUUGAGUUUCGAUCCAACGGCCAGAGCUAGGGCGGCGGAGUUGAAGAAAGAACUCCACAGGCUGGUUAAGACCAUCGUCGACGAUGAGGAUUACAGCCUCCACUCCAUCGAUCGAGCCAGAGAUGUUCUUUCUGCUUUGAGAGCGGUUAAGUUCAAUACACGAUCGACGGCGACCGCCAUGACGUCGUCCUUGAAAUUACAUGAACCGCUGUCCUGUCCCAAACAGUUUAUGUGUCCUCUUUCUAAAAAGCUUAUGAGAGAUCCCGUUAUUUUAGCUUCAGGCCAGACAUAUGAUAGACCAUUUAUCCAGAAAUGGCUGAAAACGGGUAAUCGGACUUGCCCUCGAACCCAACAAGUUCUUUCGCACACAGUUUUAACUCCGAAUCUCCUCAUCAAUGAAUUCAUAUCACAGUGGUGUGAGAGUCAAGGAACUGAGUUUCAAAUCCCGGUUCAGUGUCGUGUUGAAGAGGGUGUAACUGAAUCAGAGCGUCACCGUUUCUUUUCUUUGCUAGAUAAGUUGUCCGCCGCCGUGCUUCCUCAACAGAAGGAAGCGGCGAAGGAACUGCGGUUGUUGACGAAGAACAUGCCUUCGUUCCGUGCCCUUUUCGGGGAAUCCGUCGACGCCAUUCCUCGACUGCUCGCCCCGCUUUCGGAAGCAAAAUCUCAAAGCGGUGUUCUUCACACUGAUCUCCAGGAAGAUGUGAUUACGACAUUGUUGAACCUUUCAAUUCAUGACAGCAAUAAGAAGCUGGUUGCCGAAACCCCGAUGGUCAUCCCUCUUAUUAUGGAAGCUCUGAGAUAUGGAACUAUUGAAACCAAGAGCAAUGCAGCUGCUGCCCUUUUCACCUUAUCUGCUCUUGAAUCCAACAAGGAACUCAUUGGGAAAUCAGGUGUUUUAAAGCCUCUGAUUGAGCUUCUCAACGAGGGGCGUCCAUUAGUGCUGAAAGAUGUUGCUUCUGCUAUAUUUAACCUAUGCAUUCUCCAUGAGAACAAGGCAAGAGCGGUGAGUGAUGGUGUUGUCAGGGUAAUUUUGAAAAUGAUAAUGGAUGGUGUGCUUGUGAACGAGUUAUUGGCUAUCCUUGCAAUGCUUUCAACACAUCAAAGGGCCGUCGAUGAAAUGGUGGAAUUCGGAGCUGUUCCUUGCUUGCUUCGAAUCGUUCGGGAAAGCACUUGCGAACGAAACAAUGAAAACUGCAUCGCGAUCCUCCACGCCAUAUGUCUUAGUGAUCGAGCCAAAUGGAAGGCAUUAAGGGAAGAGGAGAGUAGCCAUGGAACAAUAUCUAAGUUAGCUCAAGAUGGAACUUGUAGAGCCAAGAGAAAGGCUAAUGGUAUCCUUGACAGAUUGAGAAAGGCUGUUAAUAUUACCCAUACCGCAUAACCGAGUGGAAACGAUGCACCGUAAUGCAUCCCAUUUUUUUUUUGUUGUUGUAAAUUCUUGCCCUUCAUCAGAGUUUUGAUUCUCAGUUUUAAUAAGUUAACUAAACACAAAUGGAAUCUCUUUUGUUUGGUCCC